AUGAGUUCAGCAAACCAGUCAAGUGUCUCUGAGUUCCUCCUCCUGGGGCUCUCAAUGCAGCCCCAGCAGCAGCAACUGCUCAUUGUGCUCUUCCUGAGCAUGUACCUGGCCACAGUCCUGGGAAACCUGCUCAUCAUCCUGGCCAUCAGCACAGACUCCUGUCUGCACACCCCCAUGUAUUUUUUCCUCAGCAACCUGUCCUUCGUGGAUGUCUGCUUUUCCUCCACCACUGUCCCCAAAAUGCUGACCAACCACAUACUUGGGAGUCAGUCCAUCUCCUUCCCUGGAUGUCUCACACAGCUGUAUUUUUACAUUGUAUUUGGUGACAUGGACAAUUUCCUUUUGGCUGUGAUGUCCUAUGAUCGCUUUGUUGCUGUGUGCCACCCUUUACACUAUACAACAAAGAUGACCCAUCAGCUCUGUGCUCUGUUGGUCGCUGGAUCAUGGGUCACUUCCAAUAUGAAUGCCUUGUUGCACACCCUGCUGGCAGCUCAACUCUCAUUCUGUGCAGAUAACAUAAUCCCCCACUUCUUCUGUGAUAUAAUUCCUCUCCUCAAACUCUCCUGCUCUGACACACACCUCAAUGGGGUGAUGGUUCUUACUGUGGGGGGGCUGACAGUGUUAACCCCGAUGGUUUGCAUCCUGGUUUCCUAUAUUUACAUCUCCUGUGCUGUCCUAAGAAUCCCAUCCACAAAGGGGAAAUGGAAAGCCUUCUCCACCUGUGGCUCCCACCUGGCUGUGGUUUCCCUCUUCUAUGGCACCAUCAUUGCUGUGUAUUUCAACCCUUCAUCCUCCCACUCAGCUGGGAAAGACACUGCAGCGACUGUAAUGUACACAGUGGUGACCCCCAUGCUGAACCCUUUCAUCUACAGCCUGAGGAACAAGGACAUGAAAGGAGCUCUAAGAAAGAUGAUUGGCAGGAAGACAGCUAUCUGA